GUGACGUCUUUUUCUGACCGGAACCAAUUCCUUCCCGUUCAGGUUUCCAAGCUUCCUGUGGCUGCUAGCAUGUGUGUGCGCUGAGGUGUGAGUUGACAAAAUGUGGUCUUUCUUCGCCCGGGAUCCCGUCAAAGACUUCGCUUACGACAUUUCAGCGGACAGCCCGGAGAAGUGUGGAAUAUGGUCGCUGCACCGGGGGAAGAGGAAGUCCAAUGGAGAGCCGGUGUCGGUGUUUGUCUACGAGGUGGCGCAGGGAUCAGAGCUGCAGACUCAGCUGGCCAAGGCUGCCUUCAAGCGGAUGAAGACCCUUCGCCACCCUAACAUCCUGGCCUAUGUUGACGGCUUGGAGACUGAGAAGAGUUUGUACCUGGUAACUGAACCGGUGACACCCCUGGCCAUUCACCUGAAAAAUGGUCCUGGGGAACUUGAAGUCUCCUGGGGUCUGCACCAGAUAAUAAAAGCCGUGAGUUUCCUGGUGAACGACUGCCACCUGCUCCACAACAACUUGGGCCUGUGGGCCGUCUUUGUGGAUCGAGCUGGAGAGUGGAAGCUUGGGGCCCUGGACCAUGUCGCCCCAGACCAGGGUGACCCAAGCGGGGCCUCGCUCCCUGCCCCCAAGGCGGUUUACCCAGACAUGGAGAAGUAUGAGCCACCAGAGGCGUCCAAUAGCAGUGGAGAGAAAUGGGCAGGUGAGGUGUGGCGCUUGGGCUGCCUGAUCUGGGAGGUGUUCAACGGGCCACUAAGUCGCACGGCUUCCCUUCGUUCACUCGGGAAGAUCCCCAAGGCCCUCGUCCCUCACUACUGCGAGCUGGUGGGGGCCAACCCUCGCGCUCGGCCCAAUCCAGCCCGCUUCCUCCAGAACUGCCGAAGCCCUGGGGGGUUCCUCAGUAACAGCUUUGUGGAGAGCAACCUCUUCCUGGAGGAGAUCCAGAUUAAAGAAGCGGCUGAAAAGCAGCAGUUCUUCCAGGAUCUGAGCGACGACCUGGACUCCUUCCCAGAGGACUUCUGUAAGCACAAGGUCCUCCCUCAGCUGCUCACCGCCUUUGAAUUUGGGAAUGCUGGCGCUGUAGUCCUCACGCCACUUUUCAAGGUGGGGAAGUUCCUGUCCACUGAAGAAUACCAACAGAAGAUCAUCCCGGUCAUCGUGAAGAUGUUUUCCUCCACAGACCGGGCCAUGAGGAUACGACUGCUGCAGCAGAUGGAGCAAUUCAUUCAGUAUCUUAACGAGGCAGCAGUCAAUUCCCAGAUUUUCCCUCACGUGGUCCACGGCUUUACUGACACCAACCCUGCAAUCAGAGAGCAAACGGUUAAGUCCAUGUUGCUGCUGGCUCCCAAACUGAACGAGAGCAACUUGAACCAGGAGCUGAUGCGCCACUUUGCCAGGCUGCAGGCCAGGGACGAGCAGGGCCCCAUCCGAUGCAACACCACCGUCUGCCUGGGCAAGAUCGCCUCCUACCUCAAUGCCGGGACCCGACAGCGAGUUCUGAUUUCUGCCUUCUCACGAGCAACAAAAGACCCCUUUGCAGCGUCGCGCUCCGCCGGCGUUCUGGGCUUCGCCGCCACACACAACUACUACAGCCUGACGGAGGUUGCCGCCCGCAUUUUGCCUACGCUCUGUGCCAUCACUGUGGACCCUGACAAGAGCGUCAGGGAGCAGGCUUUCAAAGCCAUCAGGAGUUUUCUUUCCAAGCUGGAAACUGUGUCAGAAGAUCCAACAAAGCUGUCUGAGAUAGAAAAAGAUGUCGGCUCUUGUGCUCAGCCUGCUGGAACCUCGUCCGGCUGGACCGGCUGGGCUGUGACCGGCAUGUCCUCGCUGACAUCCAAGUUAAUCCGUAACACACCAGGGACAGAAGGUGACAGCAGUGGGCCUCCCAAUGUCGCCAGCGCCACCCCCGACAGUGCCGAUACAGCUCCUGGUUCCUUGGAGAAAGAUCCACAUGCCUCCAUGCCCCACUCAAGCACAGUGAAGCAGAACCUCAAAGUGGAGGAGGAGGAGGAGGAGCCAGGAGAGCGCUGGGACGACGAGGAGGACUGGGGGAGUUUAGAGCAAACUGAGAAGGAUGAUUGGAACAAGGACUGGUCUGGAAUGACGUCAUCCAAGAAGAAUGCCAGCGAUGGAGGAGCAGGCCGCAUGGCGUCCAGUGUGGCGGUGAAAAAGCAGAGUUCGGACUGGAGCAGCUCAGGCUGGGACGCCGACGACAGCUGGUCCAACGAGAAGGAAGGCCAAGGGCAGAGUUCUGCUGGCGAGGAGGGCUGGGGCAACGACUGGGCCGAGGAGGAGACGGACCUGGCCGCCACAUCUCUGCCUGAGGGGGUCCGCUUAGCCAGCGACUACAACUGGGACAGCAGCAGUGUGAGCAAGGGGGCUAACCACAACGACCUGUUUGCCUCUGUGGCACAGAGAAAUGCCAUGCCUGGAGGUGGCUGGAGUGCAGAGUCAACAGGAGACUGGGUCGCCGAGGAAACCUGGGAGUCGGUGGACGGAAGUCAAGCGGGUCUGAGCAAGGCCGAGCUGUCCAAGAAGAAACGAGAGGAGAGGAGGAAAGAGCUGGAGGCCAAACGGGCCGAGCGCAAAGCCGCCAAAGGUCCUCUCAAACUGGGUGCACGCAAACUGGACUGAGCUUCCGUGUUCCCUGAGAGUAGGAGUGCAGAACUCACAGGGGGGAGCCACAUGGACCACCAAGUCGUCGCCCACAUACAAAGCCCAGUGCUGGUAGCCCGGCCUGAAGAUCUCUAUCAAGUCCCCAGGCUGUGGUUUCACUUCAUGCUGGCACACAUGGAGGAAAUAUUCUUAUUACUACAGUAAUAUCAUAUAAGUCAAUGAUUAUAUCAUAUAAGUCAAUGAUAAUAUCAUAUACUGUAAGUCAAUGAUAAUAUAUAAGUCAAUAAUAAUUGUCAUGUCACGCACCUGUUUUGAGUCACGCACCUGUUGUUAAUCAUGUCUGUGUUAUUUAAGCUUUUCAUUUUCUGUUGUUCGUCCUGGUGUCAUAUCUUUUCUAACCCUGCUAUCCUCUCGUAUCAAGCCAUGUUCACAGUCCCAUAUGCCACAGUAAGUGUUUUUAUUUCGUGUUCACAGUUUCUGCCUUUGUGCAAGUUUUGUUUUCAUUCGCCAAGUUUUUUUUACCUCCGCCAUUGUGCGCGCCUUUUGUUUGCUUCUGUUUUGUAGUUUGUUAGUGUUUAAAAUAAAUCAUGUACCCACCUUCAAGCCAUGUCCGAUCCAAGUUCACUUGCAUCCCGGGAAAACAAUCACUCCAUAGUCCACGUCCUGACAUUAUGACACCAGCUAAUCGCUUUCCCGCAAGGAAUUUGGUCGAGGAAGGAAAUUGGGAGUCGCUAGGAGCGAGACCUGACGUGGGGACCAAAUGGCAAGCUUAUUCCAAUUAGCUCUAUUUGGCCCGAGGACGGCGCUGCGUCACCGCAGUCCCGGAAGCGCCGCUCCAGACCGAGGACGUCAGGGAAGGCGAGAAGACCGCACGCAGCGCUACCGCAGGCUCCUCCCACUCCGGGCGGAAGCAGGCUGCUGCCAGCUCCGCAGCUUCAAAAUGACGUCACAGACCAGGAUUUUUUUUUCAACUCUUUUUCUUUUGAUCGCCCACCUCCAGCAAAAGACUCUAAUCCCAUGACCAUGAUUCAAAACUACCAAAAUAUGAUUUUGAACAUUAGAUCCUGUCAAGACAAGCCACCCAAAUGUCAUGCCCCGCCCCCCAGGACUCAAGUCACGCCCAAGUCACACACAAAAAAAAUUUCUCCCACAAAAUCCCAGGUACAAAAUAGACUUUUUGGACAAUUUAAAGGGGAAGUUUCUGCCCCCCCCCUGACCUCCCUCCACCCAUCCACCCAAAAAAACAGUUCCAGACCGCGGGGAGCGCCUCUGGUAUCCGCUCCUUGGGGGGUGGGGCUAGUGCUGGGAAUUGUUCAGGUGGGUGGCUCAGCAUUACCAGGCCAAGCCACAGCCGCCAGCACGGCCGCCGCCACCGGUCUUUCGGCCUGCAAAGCCGCA